UACCUCACCUCACAAACACUCAUUCGACUGAAGAAAAAAGAAGGCUAGAGAGAGAGGGAAGGGAAAGAGAAGGCGACGGAGAAGGAGAGGGAGAGAUGAAGAUCGAAAGUGAGAGAAAAGAAAGGCCAAAGAGAUGGAAAAAAGUAAACCAUAGGGAGGAGUACACACAUCCUCAGAGCAGCUACUUUAAUCUUGCUGUAAAGUUACCUAGCGACCAUUUAUUGCCACACAUAGGGCCAAAGAUGUAUACCGCUUAUGGGUGUUCCCAGCAACUGGGACGUGGAGACUCUGUCACGAAAAUAAACUAUAAUGAUUCAGAUGUGGUGUAUGUGCUUAUGCAUAAUAAAGAGAUGACAUUUAGUGGUUCAGAGCUUGCAAAAAUAGAACACUGGAAAGAAAAGCACCAUCUUCAAGAUCAGAAAGAGAUAUAUGUAGAUGGCAAAAUGGGGAAUGGAUUGGAGCAGCAGGAACAUGAUGAUAUAGAAGAAUCAGAAAACCCAGAAAGCGGUGCCCUUUGGGACAUUUAUCACACAGAAGAUGCUUUGAAGUUUAAAGAAUAUCUGAGAAAGCAUUUUAGAGAGUCCAGGCCUACAUAUUGUUUGUCGCUAAAGCAGGCACCAUCAACGGGGAAAAUGAUUGUUGAACCUGAAAAGACAUACUUUGAAGAAAACAGGAAUACUUCUAAUGGACAUGGUGGCCCAUCAUCAUCAGCACAGAAAGUACCUACUUCAUCAAUCAUCAGUAACCGUAACUAAAUCUGCUCCAGAUCCAUUUGGCAAGGAAAGCAAGCAUUUAAGAACAAAUAGUCACUCUCGUUUUCAUUAGCCAUUAGGAGUUUAAGUUUAGUACUUCUGUAGAGUGAAAUCAGUUAGGGCUGAAAUCAUAUAGUUGUGGUUGGUAACAGUCUUAGUACUAUUUUUGGGAUUUGUUGGUGUUGAACCUUUAAAGGUGGAUUAAUAUAUUUUUGAAAUGGUCAUGUCAAUUUUUUUUAUUCA